UCACUUUAUCCCGGGUUCAUCCUCACUUUAUCCCGGGUUUAUCUUCAUUUCAUCCUCACUUUAUCCCGGGUUCAUCCUCACUUUAUCCCGGGUUCAUCCUCACUUUAUCCCGGGUUCAUCCUCACUUCAUCCUCACUUUAUCCCGGGUUCAUCCUCACUUCAUCCUCACUUUAUCCCGGGUUCAUCCUCACUUUUUCCCGGGUUCAUCCUCACUUUAUCCCGGGUUCAUCCUCACUUUAUCCCGGGUUCAUCCUCAUUUCAUCCUCACUUUAUCCCGAGUUCAUCCUCACUUUAUCCCGGGUUCAUCCUCAUUUCAUCCUCACUUUAUCCCGAGUUCAUCCUCACUUUAUCCCGGGUUCAUCCUCACUUUAUCCCGGGUUCAUCCUCAUUUCAUACUCACUUUAUCCCGAGUUCAUCCUCACUUUAUCCCGGGUUCAUCCUCAUUUCAUACUCACUUUAUCCCGAGUUCAUCCUCACUUUAUCCCGGGUUCAUCCUCAUUUCAUCCUCACUUUAUCCCGAGUUCAUCCUCACUUUAUCCCGGGUUUAUCCUCACUUUAUCCCGGGUUCAUCCUCACUUCAUCCUCACUUUAUCCCGGGUUCAUCCUCACUUUAUCCCGGGUUUAUCCUCACUUUAUCCCGGGUUCAUCCUCACUUCAUCCUCACUUUAUCCCGGGUUUAUCCCGGGUUUAUCCUCACUUUAUCCCGGGUUAACCCUGCUUGCCUCCGGCUCUUCUCUGCAGGUCAGAGGUUUUGAAGACGGUAAACUCCCUCUGCAGGCCAGCCGGGGAACUGCAGCUAGCAGCUAACAGUUAGCAGCUAACAGCUGUGAACUGUUAGAGCGCUUAUGAACCCGGUCACCAGGUGAGAGAGUGUGUGGCGGGGCGAGCAGGAGUUCAGCAGGGAGGACAGAGGGGGAGGGGUCACAUGGGAAACCCCGGCAUGGAGAUCAAAGGUCAACUCAUCUCUGAGCCCCUCACCUGUGCGGACAGGAAGCAGCGGCAGCGAAUGGCGGAGCUGCAUGAGAGGAGGCGGAGCCUACAGGCGCUGCUGGGCUCACGAUUGGCCGAGCUGAGAUGCAUCUGUCUGCAGGAGGCGGAGCUGACAGGUGCCGUGCCCAGAGAUUUCCCCCUGCAGGCGGGGGAGAGACCCCCCUGUGUCCGGAGGAGGGGGGGGGUGUCUCGCCAGGGAAACAGGAAGGCUCGAUCCGAGGAGGAAAACUCUCAGCGCUCCAAACUGAAGAAGACUUUAUUCAGUGCAGCACUGAGGAAACACAGCGAGUCCGACAACACACACCACGGGAAGAGGACAGUACACAGAGGCUGCCACACAGAUGACACAGUGAGGUCAGAAAGCAGCUCCACGUCAGGCUCUACAGGACUGGAUAACGACGAGGCUGUGAUUCGCCUCCCGCUGCUCAACACUCAUGGGGAAACUCUCUACCAGAACAAAACCAGGAGCUCUCGACACAGGGCGGAGCUUCAUGCCCCCCCUCAAAAGCCCCUCUCUCCCUCUCAUCCGCCCCCCCUCCAUCCCCCCCCGCCGCCCCCCCGUCACUCUCAGGACUCUCCAGAGGGGGAGGGGGGUUUGCGGGGGAGUCACAGCUCUGACGGACUGCUGGAGCGCCUCGCCCCUCCAGAGCAAGAGGCAUUGUGGGUAAACGGGGGGUCCAGAGGGAGGGGGAGUAACGGUCUCAGUGAAGGGGUGAGGGAGAGAGGGGGAGGUUACAGCGAGGAGCUGUUGGACUACGUGUGGGGCAAACAGCAGCGGCCAAUCACAGCGCAGCAGCUGUACGGAGCCCCGCCCACUUACCGCCAUCACCACGGUGACCAGCGCCGAGUCAAAGUGACCCGUACAAAGUCCUGCGGGCCCUUCCUCUCCCCCGAUACCCACAAUACACCUCUGCCCGCCAUCCAGCCUGACCCCCAUCCUCACCUGCUGCCCCCCCAACCCCCGCAGACACCCCCCGACGCUCAGCUGGAGGAUGCCACCCGCAGCCUUCAUAAAGCACUCGCUCUGGAGGGUCUGAGGGACUGGUACCUGAGGAACACCUUAGGCUCCACCCACGAGAACGAGGUGAAAGUGAAUGGGGGGGUCACAUGUCAGGCGGGAGGCCGGCGCAGGACGCACGGCAUCAUCCAGCAGUCGACCAAUCAGAAGAAGACGCUGCCGCACUCAGCAACCUUCAGUGGACAGACGCUGCACACCAGGUGUGCUGACUCUGCCCUCCUUCGGGCCCCCCACCCUCAGAAACAGGAAGGGCAGCCAUCUCCUGGGACUUUAGUCUGACUCCUCCACCUACCCGGAUGUAGAGGGGCGGAGACACGGACCAAUCCCGUGCCGUUUCCCCAGGACAAUCAGUAUCAGAGCUGUAAGCCCUGCCCCGAUGAUGAUGUCACUCACAGGAUGAUGAUGUCACAGUCCAGGUGUUGCUGCUCAGCCCCCCAAGGGAUUCUGGGUAAAACUCAGCUGCCAUGUGAAAACUUUUUUACACUUUUCUAAGAGUUUAGAGAAAAUCAGGGUUUUAUACGCGGACAGAAUCUCCAGCCGCCAACCGGAGGUUUAACAGAUCAGGUGACACAGGUCAGGUGAACAGGUCAGGUGAACAGGUCAGGUGACAGGUCAGGUGAUAUUCAGGUAUUCAGUCUCUGCACUAAAUCACAUGUUAUCGUUACAUUUAUUAAUGAGCUUGUUAUGAUCACUGAAUAUUACCUGCUGUAUGAGUUCCAGCUACAGGUGUAUGAAAUUAUUGGCUACAGCGCAGGUGCAGCUGCAGGUGGAUCUGCAGGUGUAUGUAAUGAUCUUUGUUUAUUUUCUGUUUCUCCUGAAUGUUUUCCUUAGAGGAACUUCCUGUCUGAGAGCAAUAAGAGAGCAGCGACAAUCAGGAGAUUGAAACUCCUUUAUACAGAGGACCCUGAACUCAACACUUUAUUACUGGAUGUUGUUUAUGAUGUCUCUGUGAUGUGUUUUACUUUACCUGUAAUCCUGAGAACACCCCCCCUCCAGUGGACCCUGUGGUCACAUGACAGGCUGAUUUAAUUGCCCACAAUGCACUGCACUAUGUACUAAGACACCUGAACACAGUGAAUGAAUGAAACAGUGACUGUAAUAAUGGUGACUCUGACGGCAGAUGAAUAUUUACCACCUCCAGAGACAGGAGUCUGAGGAUGUGACGUCAUGUGACCACAGUCCCAGCAUGCACCUCUUUUAACUCACACCAAAGCAGAAACACACCAGGGGACGGAGGUGUGUUCAGGGACUCUUAACUCUGCAGCAGCUGUUCAUGUUUCAGAGUCUUCUGUCAUGUUGCUGUGGGGUAUCACAUGUAAUCAGAUUACAACUAGACCAGCCCUGACGACUGAACAAACAUGUCAUGGAUUACAUGUUUAAAAUAUGGCCUUUAUCUCGUGAUUACUCCACAAAGACUCAGAGCAUCCGUUUAUUAAAAAUCGACUGCAGACGCUUCAGAGGUGAACGCUGAGUCAUGUAAUCCCUGACUGAACCGACUGAACCCGACUGAGCCUCUGUCUCUGUCUCUCUCUGCAAUAAACAGGUUUAAAACGUUUGAAGAGAGAAACUGCUUCAGAAUCUCAGAGACGUUUGAAAGACGCUGAAACCAAAAUACAGAAGACACGAAGACAUGAAAACAUGAAUCUGCUGCGCUGUCUUUGAUCCGCCCCCUCAAGUCCACUGCUGUCUGCUGUGAUGCGUUCAGGUGCGCACUGUACAGUGGGUCACUCUAUAAAAACCCUUUUCUAUGUCUUUGACUCUUUGGUCGUACUGUUCCCCUCUUCCUGUUGGAUGUCUUCUGUAAAUGAUGACGGGCUGUCGACACGUUUUUAAUAAAGCCUCUCUGCACUCUUUAAUAUA